UCGCGCACUGGACGCACUGGAGCAACUCGCGUGGUGACGUCACUCACAGAGUUGUCAUGAUGGCGUCUUCAGGACCGAAGCUGCGGUUGCAAUUUAGCUAAGAUCUGUCGACAGUCUUUAUGCCAAAAUGGAGAAAAAUGCAAACUUGCAUCGGGAUUCCGAAGGCGGCGUUUUGCGAGCUUCUAUUACAGGGGAAAUGGGUGACGCCCCAGGUUUCGGUGGAAUGAAGGGAACAGAUGAGAAUUACAAGAAUAGUGAGGCUCCUCUGAGUAGUUUGGUGAACGAUAGUUGCAACAACAGAUCCACAAAUGCAUCUGCUCUUACUAUCGACGCUGUCGUUUCUAGUGCAGGGAAAUGUGACGGACCAGAGGCGAUUGGGCUCACAGCUAUACAGGAGGAUACAAAGAAGGAAAGCGAGACGAGUGGACUCUCUACUGGGUCUGGGGAUCAAAUCAGUAACGGGACGGGACAGGACUUGAUGCUGUCUGUUGAAGAUAGCGAGGGUGGUGCUUCAAAGUUGAUAAACAACAAAGCCGAAAGGCAGUUAUUAGCCCCUACAAAUGAUGGCACAGGAUGUCAUUCUGAACUUGAUGCUGCAGCUUUUAGUGAUGGUGGUGCGACAAAACUUCCCAAACCAACUCGUUUGUGUCCGGACAACGCAAUCACAGCAAAGUCAGCAGAACACACUUCACCAGAGCCUUUGCCGAGUGGGAGUGAUCCCGACCCCAGUCUCGGUGGGGAGUCCCGGAGCAUUGAUUCUUUGGAGUCUUUCUCCAACCUCAACUCAUGUCCAAGUUCUGAUCUGAAUAGUGAGGGGUUGGAGGAUAGGGGACUGGCUCUGGCCCUCCAAAACGAGUUGGGGGCUGAGGGAGCAAAGCCUCCGUGCAAGGAUCGGUCCGCUGGACAGUCCAUAUACCACAUAAAAUGGAUCAAGUGGAGGGAGGAGAAUACGCCAAUCAUCACACAAAAUGAGAAUGGACCCUGCCCAUUACUCGCCAUAAUGAAUGUCCUUCUGUUGGCAUGGAAGGUUAAGAUGCCACCAAUGAUGGAAAUUAUAACUGCUGAGCAAUUGAUGGAGUACUUAGGAGACUACAUACUCGAAACCAAACCAAAAGAGAUCUCUGAAGCUCAGCGACUAAACUAUGAACAGAACAUGAGCGAUGCCAUGGCAGUGUUACACAAACUGCAGACCGGCCUAGAUGUAAAUGUGAAGUUCACAGGAGUGCGUGUUUUUGAGUAUACCCCAGAAUGCAUUGUGUUUGAUUUGCUUGACAUACCUCUCUAUCACGGCUGGCUAGUUGACCCCCAGAUGCAAGACAUUGUCAAGGCAGUGGGAAACUGCAGCUACAACCAACUGGUUGAAAAGAUUAUAUCCUGCAAACAGUCUGACAACAGUGAGCUAGCAGGUGAAGGCAUUGUAGCCGAGCAAUUCCUGAGCAGCACUGCUACACAGCUUACAUACCAUGGUUUAUGUGAGCUCACAUCUACUGUACAAGAAGGAGAGCUAUGUGUCUUUUUUAGAAACAAUCAUUUCAGCACGAUGAUCAAAUAUAAGGGCCAGCUGUACCUUCUUGUGACAGAUCAAGGCUUCCUGACCGAAGAGAAAGUUGUUUGGGAGAGUUUGCACAAUGUUGAUGGAGACGGUAACUUCUGUGAUUCAGAGUUUCGACUGAGGCCCCCUUCUGAUCCGGAGUCUGUUUACCGUGGACAGCAAGAUCAGAUAGACCAGGACUAUUUAAUGGCACUGUCUCUGCAACAAGAACAACAAAGUCAAGACCUUCAAUGGGAACAGCUGCCUGAAGGCAUCAGUGAUCUGGAGCUGGCUAAAAAGCUCCAGGAGGAAGAGGAUCGCCGAGCCUCUCAGUACUACCAGGAGCAAGAGCAGGAGCAGGCAGCAGCAGCUCAAGCACAGCAAGGACAGCAGGUGCCUGCAGAAGGAGAUGAAGCAGACAGAGGAGCAGGGGCAGCUGGUGCAGCAGCUAAUACGGGCACUGUAGGCACAGCUGGGGCCACUGCAAGCCCAGGAAAACACUCCUAUUCUGGGGACCGCAAAUCAAAGAAAGAAGCAAAAGAUAAGGACAAAUGUGUUAUUUUGUAACAUAUGGCCGUCUCUGUGAGUGUGCACUUCUUUUGCGUUUAGCUUAUCAGUACGAAAGGGGCUUGUUUAGCUUCCCCACUGUCUGGACACUAACCUACUUCCUGAUUAAAACGGAAGAAGACAAAUAAGGGGAAAGUGACAAGACUAACAGAGGAUUUGCCGUUUCCAAACCACUGGUGCCUGCAGUCCUCAAUCCUGAUGCAACCUGGACAUCGGAGGAAGAGACACUACAACAACAACUACCCCUUCAAUUUUGUAGAGUUGCCCAAAAUUUAACAGUGUACUAAUAUUUGCGAAGUAUUUAUGAUGACUCAAUUAAUUUGAUAUCAUAGAUUAUUUGAUCUCUUGUAAUCAUAAAUAACUCACAUCUUGGCUACAUUUUACUCAUAUAUUUUAUUUUAAGCAGCUUAUAAGCUAAUUAUAUUUAUCUUAUUGACUCAGCAUAUUUAGCUGUCCUUUUUUUAUUUGCUGCCAACAAUUGUUCUUAAUUUAUGUAUGUGUAAACAUCUUUUAAAAAAGGUAUGCGCCAAAAGGGAUAUAUUGAAAACCAUUAGAAGGACAAAAGCCCCAAAACGCAUUAUUUUACAUAGAUUUCCUGAAGGGAAUGCCAGAGCAGCCAAUAUAUGUAGGUGUUCUGAGUUGUCCUGAGCCCAAGUUCAUAUUUGCCUUACCAGUGUCUUGGUAUAGCAUUCUGCAUUGAGAAAGUUUGUAUGUUAUGUAUAAUUGUAUGCUGCAACCACACAUGUUUUUUUUAUGUAUCAGCCAUUAGAGUUGUCAUUUCUAAUCUAAAAUGUA